AUGUUAUUGAAACAGCAUCAAAUCAAACUCAAAAAUGGGAAAAGGACAUUUACAACACUAAGUAAUUUGACGGAAUCAGAUGUCUAUACCAAUGUUAACAAAUGGUCAAGAUUAAUCAUCUUACUUCAUGGCUUCCCAGACAUCAAUACCACAUUCAAUCCAAUCUGGUCGGAUUUAGACAAAUCCUUUGGGGAAGAACAAGUGUUGUUACUUGCUCCCAAAUUAAGAGGAUAUGAAAAAUCAAGUCAAGGUCCCGAGAGUGAAUAUAAACUCACUGACAUAGCUGAAGACGUGAGGGUCUGGAUUGAAACUUUAAACCCAGAUGGUAAAUAUCCAGUUCAUUUGUUAGGUCAUGAUUGGGGUGCAAUUAUCGCUUAUCAGACAGCUAAUUUAUUUCCUGAUUUAAUAACAUCAAUGGUAACACUUGCAAUUCCAUAUAUGGCUGACACAAAUGCUUGGGAAUUUCUUUGGAAUUGUCCUGAGCAGUUCUAUUUAUCAUCCUAUUUUUUGACUAUGCAAUCCAGUAUAAUCUAUCUCCCUAAGUUGAUAGAUAAGAACUGCAAAUAUCUCGGAAAAUUAUGGAGAUAUUGGUCUCCCACCUAUGAUUUUACUAAUGACGAAAUACAAGAAAUCGGAAACACAUUUAUGGAAGAAGGAGUUGCAGAUGCUGCAACAUCCUAUUACAGACAUAUUCUUAAACCAUCCACGCUUCUUAAAUCCCGAUGGCAAGUUGACUUCGAUAAGGUCCCUACAUUGAUUAUGACAGGGGACGAAGAUGGUUGUAUGUCUUUACGACUUCUGCAAUCGGAGGCUGCUAAAUUGAAAGGCAGGACUCAAGUAGAGUUUAAAAUUUUACCUAAUCUGGGUCACUUUUUACAGAGAGAGCUGCCUGAACAAGUUGCCAGACUCGCAACUGAAUUCUUUGAAAAAUAUCGUGGAUAA